AAGUCCCGCAACAGGCAACGUCCCGCGCCGCUUAUGCAUACGCCCAGCGUCGUGUGGAUUCAAGCCCCCUUGGCAGCAGUUGUUGGUUGCAGCUGCAGCUAGUUUCGGGCAUACUUCCAUGCCUCUGGCUUGUCCGAUCGAGAAACCGUUGGAGGGAGGACGUGGACGUACUUUCCGGCGCGACCACUCGUCACUUUUGGGAGCCGGCACAGAGCACGGCAAGCAGGCCAGCCCACGGACUGAGCAUGCGUGCACGACUCUGGAGGAAGGUUGCUGAGAUGGUUCUACUUGCGGUAAUCGUCUCGCAUGCGUUGAUUUGCCCCUUCACCAAGGUGGAAGAGAGCUUCAACAUUCAGGCAAUCCACGACCUGCUGGUGCACCGCCAAGACCUGGCAUCCUACGACCACAACGAUUUCCCAGGAGUGGUCCCCAGAACGUUCCUGGGAGCCGCCGUCGUCGCCGCCGUUUCCUCGCCGUUUCACGCUGCCGUGGAGGCGUUUUUCGCGGACCUUUCCACCAGGCUGGCCUCCCAGGUUGCUGCCCGCCUAGCCCUGGGGCUUCUGUGCUGGCUAGCGUUCCGUCGUUUCAACUCCGCGGUGGCAUUUCGGUUCGGGGAUGCUCCGGCCGGGUGGGCGGCGGGGGUGUGGGCCCUCCAGUUCCACCUGCCGUUCUACAUGAGCCGCACCCUGCCCAACGUGUUCGCGCUGUGCGUCGUCCUGCUAGCGCUGCAGGCUUGGCUGCGAGACAACUUGCCUCGGGCCCUGGGUCUGUUCACCGUGGCCACGUUGGUCUUCCGGUGUGAUGUGGUGGUCUUGCUUGGGCCCCUGACGCUGCAGCUCCUGCUGACGGGGCGGGUCCGUCCCUUGGAAGUGAUCACGGCCGGACUCAAGUGGGGCAUUCCGUCUCUGGUGGUCUCCUUCCUGCUGGACUCGGCGCUCUGGGGAAGGUGGGUGUGGCCGGAGAGCCAGGUACUGCUCUUCAACACGGUGGCCAACCGGAGUUCGGAGUGGGGAGAAAUGCCGGUCUUCUGGUACUUUGUUUCCGCACUUCCGCGAGCACUCUCGGGAACGGCCCUGCUCAUACCGAUCGGCCUGCUCAGAGACCCUUCGCGACCCCUCCAGCUGUUGCGCCGACCCGCAGAAGUGGAGGCCAUUAUCGACUCCCAGGCAAGUCUUUUCGUACCUCCUGCCCGGGGUAGCCAUGGUGGCCCUAUAUUCGGCGCUGCCGCACAAGCCCCUGAGCUGAGGUUCGUAUUCCCGGCGCUGCCGCUCUUCAAUCUCGCCGCCGGGGUGGGCAUGUCCAAAGCCGUCGGAGGCAUGCUUUCCGCCAAGGCGAAGGACAACGACGACGAGGACGACGACGACAAUGCCGGUGGCAGGACCAGGAGUAGCGCCAGAUAUCAAGUUACAUGCAGCGGCAACGGUCGGGGUGAGGCAACGGGAAAAGACAGAACUGUCAUGGGUCGUUUAUUCCUUUGCGUGGUAGUGGGCCUGGCCUUGAUCACCACCGCGGCAACCACCGCUCUGGCCGUCACCGCCUCGUCGGCCAACUACCCGGGAGCCCUGGCGUUGGAGGCUUUGCACCGCGUGAUUGACGCCGACCACCGGGAAUCGGUCAAGAACGUCUUGGUCCACGUGGAUGCACAGGCGGCCAUGACGGGGGUGUCGCGGUUCGGACAGCGCAAGGAGGGGGUGGUGUACUCGAAGCAGGAGGAAGGAGUGGACUUUUCCAAGUUCGACUUUGUGAUCACGAGCGAUCCAACCAAACACCGCCUUCUCGACCUGUUUGAGGUCCGGGAAACGAUCCAGGGCUUCGAGGGCUUAACCCUCAAGCGUUUCUGGCAAGAGCGGGUCGAGAAGAACGAAGUGGCUGAAACCAUCGGCAGCCGACGGGUGAUGGAUGAGUUGUUUGGGAGAGUCGUUAGCGUUUCCAUGAGAGACAAGAUGUACGUGAUGGCGCGAUGGUUCCCGCCCCCCCCGCGCGAGGAUCUGGUGUAGAAUACGACAGUCGUGGUGCACAGCGAAAAUCCCCGGCUUUGUUCUCGAUCUAAAAUUGGAGCUGAUAAUCAUCAAGUUGGUAGUCCCUUCACACCGGCCAAUCCUUGAUGUUUGCCCGACAGUCAGUCGUCAGUGGGCGGUCGAUGCUUGCCCUGGAAUGCUGACCGUUGGUUUUGAGAUAACAGAUACUUGGAUGUUUCUGGUUUUGUCAAGCAAUUGUUCAGCUCAUUGGAUGGAACCUGCCAUGUUGCAAUUUUUGGUAAGUUGACGUUGAUGUAGUACUAUUGGGUAAUUUGAGACAUCAUGACCGUCAGGACGUGAAAUUGACGUUUGUUGUGCAAACAGGCUUGCAACAAUCGGCUAAUUAUUGUGCUGAAGACCCAAAGUCACU